AUGUCGCCAAGAACUUACCGCCAAAUAUUGUGGCUCCUAUCUCUGGCCGUCCUAAUACUUCAUAUAUCAUCAACGGAGGAGACGGGGAAACCAGGAAAACUAGACACGUAUUGUGGCAAUGAUUUCGUCUCGGCGUGGAGAGAAUGUUGUGGUGGGCGGCAUCCAACUUGCAUCGCGGCAGCACGGGCCAGCGUACAACUAAACCAAGGAAGAAAGAAACGAUUUGCUAUGGAAGGUACAACACAG